UAAAUUUACUGUUCAUCUGAUACGUCUAUUGCACUGCCUGACGACCGCCCAGCCCCCUUUCGUUCUGCAGUAGCCAUCUGUUUUCUUUUGUCUGACAUUGCUUGUGACUUGGCUGUCAAUCGGUCAUUUAUUCCCCUCUCCGACAGCUUGAAGACUAACUAAUUGGUGCUGUGAUAAACUGUGAUAAAGGCUAGAACCUGAAAAUGAGUUUAACUGUUGGCGAGGCGCCUGAAACGGAGAGCGAGGAGGAAAUUGACACCGAAUGUCCCCAAAAAGAAAAGGUCAAGACAAAAACUGCGGACGAAUUGAAUUUGCGAAACAUAACGCCUGCAAGUCCUGCAGCUUCAGGCAGAAUAGUAGCUGGCGAAGCACCCGAGUCAGAUGAUGAGAUUGAAGAGAUGGGCAGUCCAUGUAGCACUCCAGUUUCCCAGCAGAAGUUGGAUGGGACUGCCACAGUUGGUCCCAAAGAAGAGGUCAAAUACAAGAGUUUGCUACAUAAAAAACUUCGUUCAACAAAUGUCCAUUUACGGAGAGGAGUCAACGACAUAGUGCACUACAACAUAAACCAGGCAGCCAGGGACUUGAACUUUGCUGACCAGCAGCUGCUGAAGUCGCAAGGCGUUUUACAAGACACUUCAUCGCAGUUACGUCUAUUGGGGGCAAACUUGACUCAGCUGAACGAGAUGCUCCAAAUUAUUACUUCGCCUUUUUUGCCAAAUAUACAGAUUCCUGAGGAGAAUAUGUAGGCUGAUAUUAUGAAGUCUCAUUUUUUUUAUUAAUUAAUUUAAUACUUUAAAGAAAAAAAUAAAAUAGCCUAUUGACGAA